ACAGCAGGUCGUGAGGAUGAUGGCGACAGUGCCUCUCUCCACCUCAAGCCUCCUUCCUCUCCUGGAAUGCCUGGAGGAUGAGAAAGCUGGACAGUCAGAACAGACAGAUGCCUACCUCACCAUAGCCAAUCGACUCAGCGGAGAAGAUGGGCGACAGUUUCUUCCUGUAAUAGUAAAGCACUUUUCACGUCUGGGUGAAACUCUCCAGACCCACAUCUCCAGUGAGAAUGUGGAGCUGAGCCUGGCUGCUCUACAGGCCCUUGGGUUUUGCAUGUUCAACACGCACAUUGUCGCAGGGAUCCCAGAAAAAUUUUCAGAGGAAAUUUUGUCAGCCCUCGCUUCUUUGGUGGUGAAAUCCUCAGACAAGAAUAUAUGUACACGAGCACUAUGGGUCAUCUCAAAACAGAACUUCCCUUCAGAAGUGGUGGCCAAAAAAACACCCGAGAUCCUCAAGACUCUUGAAGCUGUCCGGACCAGAGACGUCCAGUCUAUAGUUAUGGAGCAUGAGGCUUUGAAUGCUGUUAUCAGGUUGCUGGAACAGGCACCUGCUCAGAUGGGUGAGGGAGCGGUUUCCUGGGCUAAGCUAGUCAUUCCUCUCGUGGUCCACUCAGCCUCAAAGGUUCGCCUACGUGCAGCAGCUGCUCUGGAGAUAGGCAUGCCUCUCCUUUUGGAGAAGCAGCAGGAAAUUGCUGCCAUCAUCGAGCCCAUUAUGUCAACUAAAAUCAUUCCUGAACUUCAGAAGCUGUUCUCCUCCAAGAAUGAGACCAAUGUUCUAAAGCUCUGGCCCUUGUUUGUCAAACUCCUAGGGAAGCUCCUCCACAGAGGAGGUUCCUUCAUAAACUCACUGCUCUAUCUAGAGGAGUUGGGCUUCAGGAGCUCCUCUCCUAGUGUAAAGAAGAUUGCCUUCAUUGCCUGGAAGAGCCUCAUCGACAAUUUCGCCCUCAAUCCAGACAUCCUCUGUAGCACGAAGCGUCUGAAACUGCUCAUGCAGCCUCUCAGCUCCAUUCAUGUGAGGACGGAGGCUCUGAUGCUUACCAAGCUGGAGGUGUGGUGGUACCUGGUCGUCAAGCUCGGUCCCAACCUGGCAGCCAACUUUGAGCAGGUUGGUGUACCCCUGCUUCACAGCACAAUUUCCUCUGACUCUGCGGUGCCGUCCCCGUCUACCCCUGCCAGAGCCACAGCCCAGAACAGUGUAACUGGAGCAGCUACACCUAAAUCGGGUACUGUGCACUGUGUCUCUCCUGGCAACACUUCAGCCUGCACGCCGCGCAUAAAUCUAAACAGCAGCGUACAUGCUGGUUCACAGGCCUACCCUUCUAUCCAGAUCCUUGGCCUGGAGAUGCUGCUUCACUACUUUCUGGGGCCAGAGGUUACCUCAGCUGUUGCCAAGAACAAGUUACAACUAAGCCUAGAACCUCUAGUGCACCCCCUCCUGAGCACUCCGUCUGCCUUCGGCAAGUACUCCUCAGUCCUCAUCUCUGCUGUCAGGGAUGGCUUCAUCGCCAUUGGGAAAGACGCCCCAGAUGCCCUACUUUUCCUCAUUUGGAAGAGCUUGGUUGGUUUCGUCAGCACAUCAAUAGAGGCUGGCAAUAAGAAGGAGAGGCAGGGUUCUGAGGUGCUCACCCUUCUGCUGCAAGCUCUACAGUCUAUCGUAUGUUCAGAGGCAAUGCCUGCUCCACAAGCCCUGGCUCUACUGGAAAUCACCGUAAAGGGAAUCCCUCAGAAAGUGCUUGGAUCUGCAGCUUAUCAAGUGGCCAACAUGGACGUACUGAAUGGAACACCAGCACUCUUCUUAAUUCUGCUCUUUUACAAUAGCAGCAUGCUCUCGUCAUUUGUGGUGGAUGAGAGGUUCUUCCUGUGCUUGGAGACUUUGGUAAGCUCUGGUCUGUCUGGGCCCACUUCUCCCUUGGCCUUUGGGGAAGCAGUUUUGGGAGCCAUUGGGCACAGUGUGGGGUCUGUGGAGAACAAAGAACAUUUAUGGAGGAUGUGGAGUGUGGUGGUGAACCCUCUUACUGACAUAAUUACUCAGACAAAUGAGGUUAACCAAGGAGAUGCCUUGGAGCACAACUUCAGCGCCAUCCACAGUGCCUUGAUGUUUCCCAUCACACACCUUCUUCAUGGCACAGGUCUCCCCCAGAUGACCCAGAAGUCCAUGCUCAGUACGUGGUCUAAGCUCUAUAAGACGUUUGCUCGCUGCUCUGCUCUGGUGGCCACGGCCGAAGAGAAUAUCUGUUGUGAGGAGCUGUGUGGUAAGAUGUCUGCCAUUCUGGACAGCAAAGCCCUGAAGAAUUUGUCGACCCUUGAGGCUGUUAUAAGUGUCCUUCAGAUUAUCAUUGAGAGUGUGGACUUCUCUCCUUACACCUCUCAGUUUCAGCAGAAGAUGAAAUCGCCACGUACGCCACUGGGGUGGACCCGCAAAAGGAAUAAAGCCCUGGGGAACCUCACAACUUUUAACGCACUCCUCGUGCAAUCACUUGAAGCCUUUCUUGGCUUGGAGCUUCAGCAGACGCCUGCAGCAGUGGCUGGUGCUGUUAUUGGAGGAUUUAUCUCUAUCUUGUCGACUCUUUUCAUUAACCUUGCACUGCCCACUGUCAUUCAAGAGGCCCUGUCCUCCCUCAUUCAACCCCUCGCACUUCUCUAUGGACAAGUUGGGAGCCUGGAAAAUGAACAGUCAAAGUCACUGUCUGCACUGGGGCCCAAGUUGGAGAAAUUCCUUGGGGAGUUGUUCAGCUGCCUUCAGACGCGCGCUGCGCUACAAUACGAUGAUGAGCUUCUGGCUCUGCUGUCACCCUUGCUGUGUGUGCUUUUCCCCCAUGGAAGCAAACAAGUCCGAACGCUUGUCACUCAGUUCUGGAAUGCCACCUUUGGAAACACGCUUGUCCUUACUUACCCGGAAAAGCUCAAACCUAUUUUAAGUCAGGUCAAACAAAAGACCCCGAUCAUUUUACCAGGCUUUCAGGCCAUUCAAGCACCGGAUGACCACAGUGGACCAUACUCAAAUGAUAGCUCACAGCUUGAGACAAACGUCAGUGGGGUCACGGUGGCCUCAGUAGGGAAGAGAGAUUCCCUGCUAGCCAGGGCUGUUGAGCUUAAGGACAAGAACUCUGGAACACCCUCGAAGCCUGUGUCUGUAAAAUUGGAUUUUGGAUCUCCCAAGCCCCCUCGAAAGGAGGUACUUGAGGAAGAAUCAUGUACAGAUUUUGUGUUCAUUCCACCCGAAACAAAGGAGAGAGUCUUAACUGAGCAUCAGAAAGAGGUCAAGAGGACCAAAAGAGUUGAUAUUCCUGCUAUGUACAACAACCUCGAUGCCUCUCUGGAUACCACAGUCUUCACUCAGUACACCCAGAGCCAGGAGGAAUCUAUGUAUGUAUUGCUGACCAAGCUAAGGGCAGAUACGAAGACAAUCCCGGACACAAAGAAGUCCGUUGAUGUCAUACAAGUUCAGGAUUGCAGUAUCCCUGUGGACAGAAUGAUAAUAGAGGCAACAGAGAGAGAAAAUGAACGCACUGAGCAAUUGCCUUUGCCAGCUGAUGUCUCAGUAGAGAAUAUCACUGAACAGGACGAUUCUGACCUACAGCCCAGAGAUGAAAAUAGUCCGAAUGUCUCUGGCUCAUCUGACGUUAUCUCUGGGACACCUCAGAAGCCCAACAGCCGACGACAGUCCUUUAUCACACUGGAGAAGUACACCGAGGGGAAGCCAGCCAGUCCUGCCAGUGUUACCAAAUUUACUGGCCCACUCACAAAGAGUUCAGGUAGCCAAGAGCCUCCAAAUUCCUCAUCACCCUCCCCACAUGACCCCACUGGCUCACAGACUGAGGUUGUGAGUGGACUUCCCCAAGAUACUGCCAAAAAUGACAUUACUCAGGAGUCAUCUGAUAAGAGCCAAAGGGAAGAGGCUGAGUGUGUGACUGAACUGAAGGCAAAUAAACCUUCAGGGGAAGGCCUUGAAGAUGAGGAUGACAUCAUUCCAGAUACCCAGACCCAGGUCCUGGGUGGAGCUUCGAAUUCUGUGAUCUCCCCUACAGAAGAUGAUGAGGUUCAGGUGACUGAAUCAGGGGCAUCUCCUGUGGAGGAGAAUUCAGAGGCACUCGUCAAUUCUGAGGCCUCAAGCCAGGGUGAAUUGAGGAGGUCUGGGCGCCGCAGAAGUAGACCCCUGUAUCCAGGAGAAGACCCUGAACAACAGGAGGCCAAGUUUAAAUCGCUAGGAGUAGGCCUGAAGUCUCCUGAUGUAAGCUUAGCCGAAUCACAGAAAACAACUCCUGCCCAAACAGAUACCAUGCUACAAGGACGGUCUACUCGGAGAAAUAAACUGUCUGUGGGGGCUGAUAAAAAUGAAAAUGAUCAGCCGCAGAAGAGGUACCCUUCAAGAGAGAGCAAACAUAGCCAGUCUAAUUCUCAAACAGAGUCAGCAUCCUCUCAAACAGAUAGCCAGUCACAUGGUCGACCUGGAAGGAGGAGCAAAAUAGUGAGUGACAGUCAGGAGGAUUCUACUAAAGAUAAAAACCAGACGACUGUGGCUCCCCAAAGUAAUUCACAGAUUUCAAAAUCUCCCGCAAGCACACAGAAGGAUGGACAUUUACCCACAUCUGACCUAGAUACCGAAACUAACAGCCAGUCACAGGGCAGACCAAGGAGGACCAGGAGGUCUGAGGCAACAGAAACCCCUGAUAGAGAUAAGCUCAGUGAAGGAGACAAAAAAGAUCCUUUGAGUCAAACGGAAUCUCAGCCAUUAGAAUCAACACCUUCCUCUAGAGAUAGACUUGGUAAAAAGAGAAAGAUUGAGGAAGGGAUAAAGUCAAGUCAGAAUUCAAGUUCAAUUUCCGUUGACUCUGACUGCUCACAGACAGACGAUGUGGAUAAAACAGACUCCUCCCAACAGCAGAGAAGGUACCCUCAAACGCGGAGAUCCUCUCAGGGCCUCCUGACCACCGUUGGGAACUCACAGUUGGAUGCCUCUGACUCUGGAAAAGAUGGACAGAAGCCUUCAAAGAGAGGCAGAAAACCCAAAACCCUUUUAGCAGUUAUAGCUGCUCCACUGUCAGAUGUACAAGUGUCUGAAAGUGGGAAGGCGAACAAAGAUGCUUCCUCUGAAGUUCUUAUGGAGGUAACAGAGUCCUCUCAAAAGGUAGAGCCAGAAGUCUCUGUGGGGGAUUGUGCUAUUAAUGAAGCUGAAGCUAAGGUCUCCUCUCCGGAAGCUGGGGACAAAAAAGUAAUCUCUGCAAUUGAGGAAUCGGAUGUAGCACAGUCUAUGGGAGAAACUGAAUCAGAGAAGGAUGAGAAAACAGAUAGUGCAGUUUCUAAUGCUUCAGUCUUAGAAAAGAGUGAAGCUGAAAGCACAAAGCCAGUUCCUCAGGAUGUCCACACAGAAUCUGAUGAAGUGAAACUGAAGAAUCAGACGUUGCAGAAAUGUCCACACGCUUACAAGGGUCGUGGACGUAGGCGCUCUAAGCCGUGUGGCUGUCAGCAUAAUAGUGUUUCCUCACAGGAAAAGGACUAUAGUGGUUCAGAGACCACUCAGGAUGUAGAAGAUGACAGGAUUUCACUUGAACAGAAGAAACUGCCAUCUGAGACUGAACUGGACAACUGUACAUCUGAUCCUUCGUCACAAGAAAAAGAGCUUUCAGUUGCAGAUGAUAGUCCUGCCCCAGUUACUAAUGCACUGUGCACUCCAUUGUCUUCUUCGCCCUUGCCCGAGAACGAGUCAUUGGAGACUUUGUCUACUGAAAAGGAACACGAGAAAUGCAUCGUAAAGACAUCUCAGCAUUUGGAGAAGGAAACACCAGUGGAACCAACUCAUGACAAAGUAGAAUCAGCUGAUGUGUUAAAUCAAAACAUUGUGGAACACAUGGAACAGAAAGAGAACCAACAAGAGAGUGAGAAUUCGUUUGAAGAGCACCAAGAAAUGGAACAGGACAUUUCUCCAAGACAGGAGGCACCUCAACAUUCAUUCGUCGAAGAUAAUGACCCAGCAGAGGUUACGGCAUCAGGCCAGCAUAAAUCAGAACAGCAUAUCCUCACUUGUGAAGAGCAGUUGCAAUCUCCUCUUGUUGACCAGGCAAGGGAAGUUGAGGACUUGUCAGCAAAGGACACCGAGGAACCAGCGGUUUCAGAGGUGAAAGAUGUUGUACCCAGUACAAAUGAAGAUGCUCCAUCUCUCGAGGGUAUUCAAACAGACAGUGCGCCCGUAAACAUAAAUGGGGAUGAAGGUGAGGAUACUCAGAUAGACAAUGAGCUUCCUGUAGGUGCCGCAGCCACAGCUACCGGUCCUUCUGAUGAGGUCUCAGUGCCUAUACAGGCUACUUCAGAAGACGCAUGUUUAGAUUCUCCACCUAAGAAGAAGUCUUUAGAUGGAGUGUGCGGAGAGCCAGAAGUUGUCCAGAGUCCUAGUAGCGGCAGAACUCGUGGUGUAUGGUCUCCGUCGGCCUCGCCAUCUACCAGCAUUCUAAAGAAAGGCCAGAAGCGUUCAUUUGAAGAGGAGUCCCCUUCCCCUUUGCUCAAGUCAAGACGAGUGUCCUUUGCAAACCCAAUCUAUCAUCAGGAGAUUGCAGAUGAUAUUGAUCGUCGAAGUCCCAUAAUUCGGAGCAGCUCUCCUAGAUCCAAAAAUAUCAAUGCCCAGCCUAAGUAUGUGUCAACGCCUACCAAAGGCCUGUUGAAUUUCAGUCCGCGUAACCUUCGUAGCCCAGGAUACAAAAGUUCAAAGAAAUGUUUGAUUUCAGAGAUGAGCCAAGAGCCCCGGCCUAUCCCUAAGGACUGUGUGUAUCCAGCCCUGGUAUGCUGCUCCACUCCAGUUGAAGCUGUCCUGCCACAGAUAUCCUCAAACAUCUGGCCUCGUGGUUUUGGACAGCUUGUUCGAGCUAAAAAUAUAAAAACAGUGGGAGACUUAAGUGCCCUUACGCCCAGCGAAAUAAAAUCGCUUCCUAUUCGCUCACCUAAACUUGCUAAUGUGAAGAAAGCGCUUCAAAUUUAUCAUGAACAGCAGCAAAAAGGCCGUUCGGAUGACCUUAAGAGUUUCGAUGAAACGGAGAAAAUGACUGCUGAGCCUGAGGAAAUAGAAGAACCUCAGAAUCAAGAAGAGGAGCAGAUCUCAGAAGAGCCUCAAGAGUUAUCUUCAGAUGCACCAGCUGCUGUAGAGCAGAGGACAGAGAUGCACAGAAACACUGAACUGCUGUCAGAUGUUGAGGCACUGGGAGCUCGAUUCACUCCUGAGGAACUUGGGAGCUGUUCACCCGGCCAGCUGACACUGAUGCAUGAAUGUCUGAGCGGUAUGAUGAAGAGCAUUGUGGUUCAACUUCAGUCCCGCCUUACCAACCAAGUGGCUAAGGUACAGCUUCUUUGA